AUGGCUUUACAUGUGCGAAUUUCGCUACUUCUGGUUGUCAUGAUCAGCGUAGCGACGGGGGUUUUCGCCAGCGUCAAACCUCUCCGUGGCGUCCCCCCUCAAGAUAAGGCGCUUUUUUCAGGAGACGUGAUUUCGUGCCGGGAUGGUUCCAGGAAGAUUCACAUCUCGCGUGUGAACGACGACUUUUGUGACUGCCCUGACGGCACGGACGAGCCCGGCACCUCCGCGUGCCCCAACGCCUCCUUCUUCUGCCGCAACCGAGGGCACAACCCCCUCUCGCUCUUCUCCUCUCGAGUCAAUGAUGGGAUAUGCGAUUGCUGCGACGGCAGUGACGAAUACGAUGGCCGCAUCACCUGCCCCAACACGUGCGCCCAGGCGGGGGCGGCGAGGAGGCAGCAGCUGGCAGCUGACGUGGCGAAGCACAGGGAGGGCGUGAGGCAGAGGCAGAGGGCGGUGGAGGAGUGGAGGGAGAAGAAAGUGCGACUGCAGGAGGAGAGGGAGAGGCUCGAGGAGGAGGAGAGGGAGCUGCAGGAGAAGGAGAAGAUUCUUAAAGGUGCGUUUGUGUGUGUGCAUGUGCACAUGCGGAAUUUACAACUGAAAGGUCUGUAUGUAUGGGUGUGGUGUGAGGCAGGGGCAGAGGGCGGUGGAGGAGUGGAGGGAGAAGAAGGUGCGGCUGCAGGAGGAGAGGGAGAGGCUAGAGGAGGAGGAGAGGGAGCUACAGGAGAAGGAGAAGGUCCUCAAAGGUACGUCUGGUUGAGAAAAGGGUUUACCUUGUUUUCACCCCCGCUUCUCCCCAUUCACCCCCCCAUUCUCUCCCUUCUUUCCCAUUCACCCCCUCCCGACCCCCCCCCGCCUUUGUCCGGACCAGAGAGGAAGGAUGCUCUAGAGAAGAUAGAGGAGGAGGAGAAGGAAAGGCAGAGGAAGAUCGAGGAGGAGGAGGAGGCCAGGAGGAAAGCAGAGGAGGAGAAGCUGCACCCGCCACCUGCCGAACCUGCCGAGCCCGCUGCCACCGAGCCUGCAGCUGCCGAACCAGGGGCAGCCGACUCUGACUCUGCCGAGCCUGUGGCUGCCGAAACAGCAUCUACCGAGCCUGCUUCUACAGAAGCUCCAGUGCAGCAGGGAAUGGUGGGGGAGCCCCUCCGUGCUGAUGCUGACGCUGCCGCCACUGCUGAAUCUGCUGCUGCUGCCACUGCCGCUGCUGCUGAUGCUGGUGCUGCUGCAGCUGCUCUUGAUAAUUUGGUUGCUGGUCAUGAUGCUGCUGCUCCUGCUGAUGACAAGGAGAGUGACAAGGAGAUGGAUGAUGAUGAGAGCAAUGAGAGCGAUGAUGAGAGCAAUAAGAGCGAUGAUGAGAGUGAUGAGGACCUGUCAGGGCUGUCUAAGGAAGAGCUGGGGCGGAGAAUCGCGUCCAGAUGGGCGCAUGGGGAGGACGGGCCUGGGGGCGCGGAGGUGGGGGGCGGAGAGGGGGAUGGGGGGAAGGAGGCAGGGGAGGGGGAGGGGGAGGGGAGUGAUGGGGGUGAUCUGGGAGCGGAUGAUGGGUUGGGGUAUGAUGAUGGGGAUGAUGAUAAGGACUAUGAGGACAUGGAGCACGAUGGUCAUGGUGGGGAUGAUGGUGAUGGUGGUGAUGAUGGGGAUGAUGAUGAUGAUAAGGACCAUGAUCAUGAUGAUCAUGACCAUGGGCAUAGUGAUGAUGAUGAUGCAUUGGAGGAUGCAGAGGACUUUGCGGCCCACAGCGAGCAUGAGGACGAUGAUCCGUGGCGGCAUGAGUCAGCGCCCGCCCCGCCUCCAUCGCUGUGGGACAAGGCAAAGCAGGUGUGGUCGCGUGUGUCCUCCCUCGUCUCCUCCAAAUCCUCUCUACCAAUCAAUGAAACAGACCUGCUGACAAUUCGCUCAGAGUACAACGCUGUCUCAUCCCAUCUCAGCAAGGCGAGGGGGCGGCUGCGCACGGUGAAGGAAAAGCUUGAGAAGGAUUUGGGCCCUGACGGCGAGUUUGCUGCAUUCGCAGACCACUGCUUUUCCUUCAAAGUCAACCACUACGUCGGGUAUGAGGUGCGUCCAUACCACCAGGUGAACCACCACCAGGUGAACCACCACCACCAGGUGAACCACCACCACCAGGUGAACCACCACCAGGUGAACCACCACCACCAGGUGAACCACCACCAGGUGAACCACCACCACCAGGUGAACCACCACCACCAGGUGAACCACCACCAGGUGAAUAUUAGGUACGAGUACGAGGUGUGCCCGUACCGCCAGGUGAAGCAGAAGGAGAAGCAUCACUCUGAUACCACUGUGGGCCGCUGGUCGGGCUUUGAGGACAAUUAUCGCACAAUGAUGUUCAAGAAUGGGGAUAAGUGCUGGAACGGACCGAACCGGAGCAUCAAGGUGAAGCUGGAGUGCGGGCUCAAAACAGGGAUCAGAUCCGUGGAGGAACCAAGCCGAUGCGAGUACGAAGCGGUGCUGGUGACGCCUGCGGUGUGCAAUGCAGCGCUGGCAGAGGAGUUGGAGAGGCAGUUGAAAGAGAUGGAGGAUGAGCUGAAAGAGGUUCAUGACGAGCUGUAA